AUGCCCUCCCGAACCCGAUCCUUCUUGGAAGCCCUUGAGUUUCCCCUUCCACCUGCCACUCAGACCAUCCCCAGGACCCUGUCCCUUGCCACACCCAUGUUUCAGGCCGACCCUGAUCGUCCAGGACCGCUCUUUGUUGAGCUUUUUGCAGGUUGCGCCCGCCUCUCCAAGUUCUGUCAUGCCGCUGGCUUUCGAGUCUUGCCUGUUGAUUCCCCAUGGAACCCGCACAGGCCCGAGCAUCCCGUGCUGGUCUUGGACCUCACCGAAGAAGCCUGUCAGCAGCAGCUUCUGGCCCGGCUUCUCCAGGAGCCUCCCUUCGCAGUCCACAUUGCCCUCCCGUGCGGCACUGGCAGUCGCGCUCGUGAGCGACCUAUCAGCAAGAGAGCUCGUCUCCAAGGUGCGCCUGACCCUCGUCCCCUGAGGGACGGUGAGAACGUUCUUGGACUGCCUGGGCUUUCAGGAAAGGAUCAAUUCCGCGUCGACAAGUCCAAUGAGCUCUGUCGCUUCGUGAUUUUCUUGUUGCAGCACCUGCCCAGCUCUUGUCAAAUAAGCAUCGAGAAUCCGGAGAACUCCUGGAUUUGGGCGGUCCUGGCCCACUUUGUUCGCGCCUCCCAGUGCCCCUCCCUGGUCAAGCGCUGGUCCUCCAUGCGGGAAGUGUGUUUCAGCAACUGCAUGAAAGGCGGCAAGCGACCGAAACGCACUCGCUUUCGGUGCAGUCAUGCUUCGCUUCAGAGCAUGGAAGCAGACUGCGACGGCCUGCAUGAACAUUUGCCCUACCUUGUCUACCGCUGCAACGGAUCUUGGAGUUUCUCUACUGCUCAGGAGGCCGAGUAUCCAGCGGGACUAUGCUCCGAAAUGGCGUCCCUCCUUUCCGCAGCAGCGGGCCUGCCAGCCCGACUUGAUCCCCCGGCAGGUCCUCGACCUUUGUGGCCGCAACAGAAGGGCGCCCGCAAACUCUUGUCUGAGUUCCUCGAGUUUCGCACCGAGUUCGUCGAAUGUGCACUGGAGCUUGACCAUCCCUUCGACACCCAGCACUGUGUUCCUGAUGAGGUGAAGAGGAACAUCUUUCGGAGAUUGACGGAGGGGCCGACGGCUUUCGCUUCGGAAAGGGUUCAGAUGUUCCAGAAGCUGAACCAGCUGGAAAAGGAACUUCGAUAUGAGGAGGCGCGAUUACACUCAGUGCUGCCCGAGCAUGUUCGCGAAGUGGUCAAGGGCAAGAAUUUGCUGCUCUGGGCACGUCUUUUGGAGGAGACGUCGUUCGCGGACGGGGGCGUCUUCGAGCUGAUGAAAGGAGUGGAUCUUGUGGGCAAGCCCGACAAGUCUCCGCUCUUCGAUGUCAAAGAAGACGAUGCGGCUGCGAGGCAGAAGCUCUGGGAUUGCACGAUCAAAGACAGGGACAACGGCUUUCUGAAAGGCCCCUUCUACACCGAGAAUGAGGUCAAGGAGCACCUGGACGUCGACGAGUUCGUGUGCUCGAGGCGGUUCCUCAUAGAGCAAGGAACCCCAGAAAGGCCAAAGGCCAGACCCAUCGACAACUACAAGGAGGGGGGGGUCAACGAGGCUUACCACUGCCUGGAAAAGCUUGCUCUCUUUGAUGUCAAUUGGAUGACAGCCAUCAGCACGUACAUAGCUAGAGUUUCUGAUCCUUCUUCACCUUUGGAAGUGGAGCUCAGCAGCGGAGAGGUGCUUCGUGGCGAACUUCAUUCCCAAUGGAAGGCUCGGCCGCCUAGAUGGCUGGGGCGCACGCUAGACCUCGAAAAAGCUUACCGACAAGUUCCACUGUCUUGCGAUUCACUGAAGUUUGGUGUCGUUAUGGUCACGGAACCAUCGACAGGCAAACACUGCUACUUCGUGGCGCAGAGCCUCCCCUUUGGGGCUACUUCUUCGGUAUUCGCUUUUAACAGGCUUUCAAGAUCGAUCUUGCACUUAAGUUGGCAUCUUCUGGGCCUGGUUUCAGGGUGCUUCUACGACGACUUUCCACUCCUGGAGGUGGAUGCUUCGGCAAAGCUUUCUUCCGAGUCAUUUGAGCACAUGCUUCGGAAGCUUGGGUGGAAGUACUCAACUGAACCUGAGAAAUCGCUGCCUUUCGAAGAAACCUUCGAUCUUCUGGGAAUUAGGCUGAACGCUGGCGGCAUCGCUGAUGGCGUGGUCUCCUUGCACAACAAGCCUAGCAGGUUGGACAGGAUGAAGGACGCGUUGCUCCAGAUGAGCUUGAGUGGGAAAUGGGAUAUUCAUUCCAUCCAAUCGCUGCAAGGGCAGGUGAAUUUUGCUGUCGGGUUUGCUUCGGGAAGAGGUCUAAAGUUGCUGCAAAGAGCCCUGGGAAGUUUUCUUCGCGAUCCCGGGAUGCGGACGGCUUCUGAUUUGCGCUCUCUCUGCGACUACGGGGUGGAUCUCAUAGACGCCUGCACGCCUAGAAUUUUCGCUUGCAGGGGACCAGUGAGUCCCGUGGUGAUCUUUACUGAUGCUGCCUAUGAACAUGGGGUAGCGUCUUAUGGCGUGGUGGUUCUCGAUCCCUUUUCUGGCACACGGCUAGUCGCUGGAGGGAGGAUCCCAGACUCGCUGGUUGGCUUCUGGCGGUUGGACAGCCCUGAACAAGUGAUCGCGCAGGCUGAGGCGUUCGCAGUGGUCGCAGCCCGAGAAUCCUUCUCCCGUCUGCUCACAGGAAGGAGAACCAUCUAUUUCGUGGACAACGAAGCUGCUAGAGAAGUACUGGUUAAAGGGGCGAGCAGAUCGCGAACGAUGCUGCUGCUGGCUGCAAUUUUCUUCGAGCUCGAGAAUAAAGAUCAUGGAGUCACUUGGCUGGAGCGCGUUCCGUCUCAGAGUAACAUAGCCGAUGCUCCGAGCAGAGGACUGGUUGCGGAGACAGCAGCCCUGGUCAAAGGUCGUGAGACUGCACUUGAUAUUGAGAGUCUGUGCGCGAAGUGCAUGGCUACUGUACAGAUACCCUGGGAACUCCUCAAAUAG